AUGGGGAAAAGUACUGCUGCUGCUAUAAUCUACCAAGUAUGUAAAGUAAUUUGGAGAAAAUUAAAAAAUAUUGUGAUUUCUCAACCCACAAAGGAAAAAUGGUUAGAAAUUUCCAAAGGAUUUGAACAAAAUGCCAAGUUCCCUAAUUGCAUUGGGGCACUUGAUGGCAAACAUAUACGUUUGAUACACCCUCCAAAUUCAGGGUCACUUUAUUAUAACUAUAAACAUUUUUUUUCGCUAGUAUUAAUGGCAUUGUGUGACUCUAAUUAUUGUUUUAUUUGGGUGGAUAUUGGGGCAUACGGAAAGAAUAGCGAUUCUGGGAUUUUUAAAGAAUCAUCUUUGUAUACUAAGCUCAUUGAAAAAACUUUGAAUAUUCCUGAACCAAGACCUAUUAUAGACAACGAUGAAAUCAAAUUGCCAUACGUCAUAGUUGCUGAUGAAGCGUUUGGUAUGCUAGAAAACUUGAUGAGACCAUUUGGUGGAAAUUUAUUAUCGCACGAAAAAAAAAUUUAUAAUUACCGACAUACUUUAGCACGACGAUAUAUAGAAUGUACCUUUGGCAUUAUGAGCAAUAAAUGGCGUAUAUUGCAUAGACCAUUAGAUGUGAAUAUUGAAUUUGCACAAGAUAUUGUUAAAGCUAUUUGUGUACUUCACAACUACGUCAGAAUAAGAGAUGGAAAUAGUUAUGAAGAAACGUUAUUUACAGCACCCCUAUCAAAUUUAACAAGUUCUACUACUGGACGUGCUAUACGAGUAGCAGAAAAUGUUAGAGUUAAAUUUAUGAAUUAUUUUAAUAACGAAGGAAGUAUAGAAUGGCAAAACCGCAUGAUAUAA